AUGUUUGAAGAUGAAGGCAAUAUCUCAGAUGCCUCUGAUGAUCCUGAAUUUGUACCAUAUACACUACCUGACUUGGAGAAGGUUACGAUGCAUGAUUUGCGACAGGCUCUCAAAAAGGUUCAAGAUCAGAAUCAGCAGCUCCUUGGUCACAACUCAAAGCUCAGGAUGCAAAAUUCAGACUUGAAAUCACAGCUUGCCCUAGCAAAACGACACAAGCAUUUAGGGAAGACAGUGGGAAACGCAGAUCCAAAUAUAAACCAUGAACUUGUGGUGAAGCUGGCGAAGAAGUACACUGUGAUGGUAUAUCCUUGGCCUACUUCAAAUCUUUUUAUGAGCUUUCCGCCAAACAAUUUACCCGAUCCCGAAUCCCCGGAACGAUUCAAGGAUGAAAGUGCUUUUGAGGCUGGUCUUAUAAACGAGCUCCGUCUGUAUUUGAAUGACCGAGAUCUUCGCAAAAAAGCAGCAGAGUAUAGUCCAUUCCAAAAAUCUUUUCUACAACAAGCAAAGCAAGGCCGGAGUUCAGCCCUGCAUACAAUACGCGAGUGUGCUUCCAUUAUCAUGCAAGGCAUCAAUGUCGAGGCUGCUGUAUGGGUAACCAAAGCAAAUUUGUUGCGCCGGAAUUCCACAACAUUAAGACUUCAGCUUGAAUUUCCCGGAUCUUCAGCUGUAAAUGAUAUAUUUUCCCCUAUAUUCCAUCCCAAUGGAAUUCGCGAUGAUACAAAAUUGUUCAUGAAUGAUUUUCAACCGAAGAUUCUUCGCGCUAUCUUUUUUAACAAACAAUCUCUUACUCUUGACCAAUAUUCCUUCAAUUAUGGAUCGUCACUCACUGGGAUGCUUUGGGGCGUGAAAAGUGUCAAUGAUUCAUCUAUUGCACUAUCUGCAAUUCUGGUGCGAUUUCUUCUUUCAGACGACACCGAGUUUGUUUCCAUUGGCAAAAAUUCGCAAUUAAACUAUAAAAAGAACUUCUACUCGUAUCGUGCAUUCUUAAAUGGCUCAAAAGGCACCAACUAUAUCAAGCAGCUCUAUUCCUUUUUCAAUCAGCGUGUUUUUCUGGGAAUGCCAUCAGCAGCAGUAUGUUCCACAAAUGAUGACCACGAAGAUGAUGCGGUUACUCAGGCAUUGCUGGCAAUCAGACUUGCUGAUUCACGCCCUGCGGAUACAUCAUCACUUCCCAGCAUUCCAAUUAAUAUUGACACAGAUUUAAUUCCCACUCAAUUCACCGCAAUGGAGGUUGAAUAUAUAGACGAAAGCUGGCCUCCUGAGGACAAUUUAACUGAGAUUCCUCAGAACAUGAGCAAUGGUAAUGUUCAGGAUCGUGGUCGGGGUCGGGGUCGGGGUCGGGGCAGGAGUCGGGGUCAGGGCCGGGGUCGCAGUCGCAGUGAUAGUCAAAUCCAAAGUCAAGAGGCAUCAGCACCAGCUCCAGUCCGCACCACACGGAACCGGAAACGGGUAGUAUAG